AUGCCACUGAUACUUCCAUGUUCUUUGCUAUAUUGCCUACGCAACAAAGAAGUGGUCCAUACCUGUGAUUGUCACAAGAUACAACAUAUUGUGGACUGUCAGAUCAACGGUCCCAGGAGCCCCAUCAAGAUCAACCGUUCAGGAAGCCUGAGAAAGCUUAGAAGCUUCAAGAUUUACGGCCUUCUUGAGAAAAUUCUGAACAUCGUCUUCAAGAGGCAUCUGAAUCAACGGCGAGCCCAAUCCAUCGGCGAUCGCAAGGAAAAUCUUGCUCAUCUCGUUCCUGAACUCGUCGAGAUCGACGGUCCUGCUCUAAUCGCAGUCGAACUUCUCAAAAAUCGAGUCGUAGAGCCAGCUCCUCUGGCGGCGUCGCAACGUCGACGCCGAAGUGUGUAUUUGAUACAGGGGGGUCGAGAGACACGGGGAGAAGUUAAGUGUUUUAAUUAA